UUGCAGUUUACUAAUUUGAUGGCUGCACUCAAAGGAUAAGUGAAAAAGACGAUGAAUUCAAUUUGGCUGAAAUUCAUUCUUCUGAUUGUGAUGUUUCUUGUUACUUUUGGUGCGGGGAUGGUACCAGUAAAAGUGCUAAAAAUUCUCCGGAAGCAUGCAGCCUCAGCGUCUACAUCCGCGAAACAGCGAAACGUCUCCUUAGUGCUAUGUUUACUUACUUGUUUUUCUGGUGGUGUUUUCUUUGCCACGUGUUUUUUGCAUCUUUUCCCAGAGCUCACUGAACGUCUUCAUGAGAUGGAAAAAGAAUAUGAGUUUUCCGUGUCAUAUCCUCUGGCUGAAUUAUUAUCGUGCAUAGGAUUUUUCCUUCUAUUUUUUGUGGAAGAAGUCAUUUUGCUUCUUUUACCCGGUACUGGCCAUUUGCAUGGUCCGACAGGUGCUCAGAUUGCUGAAAGUUUCUAUGAACGAAAUCAUAAUGCCGAUCACUGUUGUCAUGAAAGCGUUAACGCCAUUGCUCCUUCGAAGACUUGUUUAUCAUGUGGUCCUAAAGACGAGGAUUCGUCUAGAAAAGGAUUACUAUGUGUAACAAAUUCAUCUAAUCGAAUCCCAGCAAGUAGUCAGCGUGUUAACAAAGGAACUGAUUAUGGACAUCCUGCAGAUGGAAAAGACUCAACGCCUUUGCUCCAAAAUUAUGCAUAUUGUGGUGAAUAUGGUACUGUGUCCCGGAAAUCUUGUGGUCAGGAAUCAUCAAACAAACGAAAGGCCUUAACAUUAGCGGAACCAGAGGCAUGUGAGCGAAACUGCGAUAACGUUAAAGAAGAUCCACCAAUUUUGAUGAAAAGUCGUCCUCAUGCUCACAGCCAUGGUGUACGUAGUAUCACAUUCGUCUUGGCAAUAUCGUUUCAUUCAAUCAUUGAGGGUCUUGCUUUCGGUGUUCAGAUCGAUAAUGCUCGAAUUGUGACGCUAUUUAUAUCGUUGAUGGUACACAAAAUUAUUGUUGCAUUUUCCGUUGGUUUGCAGUUGGGCCGCACUCAUGCACAUGCUUUAGGUUGGGUAUGCUUGAGUAUGGCCCUUUUUUCGAUCAUGUCACCUUUUGGUGGUUUUAUUGGUACAUUUGUUCAAAGCUCACAAAUGGAUACACAAGUGAAAGCUUUGACCAUACUUAUUUUUCAAGGAGUUGCUGUUGGCACAUUCAUUUAUGUCACAUUUUUUGAAGUUUUGUUACACGAACGAGAUAACGAGCAUCCAAAUCUUUUAAAACUAAUUUUUAUGUUGAUAGGAUUCACACUGAUUGGUGGGUUGCGGUUUUUCGACAAUCAUUCCCAUGAACAUUCUAAUGGGUCUCUUCAAAACCAUGGAACCCUGUCAUCACCUCAACCCCACAGUAUAUGAAUACUGUUGUUAAUUCAACAUUUGUUUUUAACUUCUGUAAAUAUUCCUCCAAAGUUAAGAGCAGUGUUUUUACUAUCAUUGUGAAGUUGAGUCAGUUCAAUGAUUUAAACUGUUCCUCAUUCAGUUUCCAUCUUUAAGAAAACAUUCACAGUUUCCAAUUAAAGAUUCAAUAUAGAGUGGCGAGUUAUGAAUGGGAAAACGGAACAACGCGAAUUAUUCAGAGAUUCUUCCGAUUCCGUUCAUGACAUCUACUCACCAAUAAAUUGCCCUUCAAACUCCUUGGAUUCGUCAUAUUUAUGUACCCAGUAUCUCUUCAUACAUAUUCCCCCUCUUCUUCCUUAACCUAGGCAACCAAAUAAUAACUAUCACCUAUGUAACAGUAUCCCGAGAUCUGAAUUUGGAUACUUUGUGAGAUACCUUCAGUCAGGAUGAUAUCCCGUUGUUGAGAAUGAGUCUAAUUAACACUUGCAUAUUUAUAUACUGACUUUACUGACAACUGUGGAGGUUUUAUUUCUAUAAUCGCUUUUUCCUGAUGUUAAACCUCAUAUUUUUUAUAAAAAAACUGACAUUAUUCGCUUCAGUGAGAUCCG